CAGAAACGGAUGUCUACGCAAGCCUAAGAAGAGAUCUAUUGAUGCUGAGAAGCCAUACCAGAAAGGUUUUCCCGCCCAAAAGACGCCGCCAUUCCUUUGUUCCGGUCUCAUCUUACUCGGAAACUGUAUCUUAUGAUCCUAACACAGCUGCAGAGCAACUAACGGCUACCAAAGACUUAGCGUCCUUGCAUUUGUCGUCGUCUAAGUGUGAUUUCACACAUAGUACACCAAAGCCCUACCAGCCCCCGAGUGUCUCCAUUGAGAGGGAACAAAAGGAUACCCCUUUACAAAAGACAUUUGAGACAAUCCAUGCCAUAGAAGCAGGAGAAGGGUCUGAAGACACAGGACUAACAGAGACAGCACCUACAUCCCACCAACCAAAUCGGGAAGCUACAGGAGAAGGGUCUGAAGACAUCGGACUAACAGAGACAUCGCUUACAGCCCACCAAUCGAGUCAGGCAGCUUUGCAGGAGGUCCCUGAAUAUAAUGAUAAAACAGCCCCAAGUCCCAAAGUUUAAAGAUGUGGAAACGAGGCGGUCGAAGCUUCGCUCUGGACCGAGCUCAAGCACUGCUGUCUGCCAAGAGGAACAGCAGAGGAGGCGUUAAGUCUGUGCAGGGGGCUACAGUACAUACAAGUGCUGUGAAAACCAGAUUUUCUUCCUCAAAUACCCACCCUUCAUUCUCAGAUUUGAGUGAUUUGUCCUCGGUCAGCUCAGCUCCUGAGCAUGGAGCUGACACCUUGUGCUCUGCUGCUGCGAAGACCCAGAGAAGAGAGGGCGAUUCUACCAAGCAUCUCAAACCUCAGAGCUCUCUGGGUGGAGGAGGGAGCAGGUUCUUAAAGAAGGCUCCACCACCUGCAACCAACAGCAGCCAGUCACCUGUCAGCAAAAGCAAAAUGCAGCAGGUGCCUAAACACAGAAAUGUGUCAUCUUCCCAGCAAGGAUCCCAGACUGCUGCUUUAAGUAGACUGGCUCAAAUUGAGAGCCAUAUCCACAGCGGCAAGCAGGUUCAGGAACAUGCCAGACAGGGGCAAAAACCUGCUGAGAAUCUUACCUCAGAUGUGGGAAUCUCACCACCACCAGUCGCCCACUCCCUGGAGGCCCAUGUGCAACUCUCAGCACAGUCCAGCAGUGACACAAGUCUUAAGGGGAAACGUUUCCUUAAAAACGUGACGGCUGUAGCUGUUAAUAAUAGUAAUACUGCUGCUGCUAGGCCUCCAAAAGAAGCAGAUUUUGGUAUCCGGUCCAGGUCCGGAGCUGCUGAUGCCGUAGUUCCUUCGGGAGGUUUGGAGACAAAGUCGAUAAGAGCAGUGAGUGGUGUAAGUCUGGAAAGUGAUGAAGAGGACAUGAAGAAACUGCUUGGAGACUCGUUGGAUUCAAUAGACAACAAUUUCUUAAUUCCAGAGAGACCUUCUUUCAUAAGAAGAGCAGACAAGCUGUUGAGCAAAAGCAGCCAGAAGGUCUACUCCUCACCUCUUCCCGCUACUAUCCCUUCCUCAUCAUCCCCUAACACGGCACCACCCCGCUCUCCUGGCUCUCCUUCUCGCCACAGUUCUCCUUUCCGAUUCAUCGGUCAGGCUCAGGCUCACUUCAGCCCCUCUGUGCUCUCCCUAUCCCCCUCUCCUCCCUGUGUCUCCCCAUCUCCUCCGUUGAGACUGAACUCACCUCACAGGGUGGGGAGUCCACAGCGCUCUCUCUCGUCCAUGUCAGGCCGUGUUGAGGUGCUUUCUCUGUCGGAGCUCUUCUUUGUUGGGCCUGGCUCUGAAGAUCCCCACGAUGAAAUGAGUGCAGUUACCUCUGAAGACUUCAAAAUAAAUGUGGUGACCUUAGAUGACCUUGUCCCUGCUACCCUUGAAUUUACUGAGGAAACACCAGGAAAGGAGAGAGAAGUCAAACACAGCGUCCCUCUUCCCGGAUCCCCUAACAGACAUCAACAAUAUAAGGAGAAGGAGAAGAAAGAGGAGCAGCAGGAGGGCGCAUUGGACUACCAAAGUGACUUCGAGAGUGAGAGCAGGAUAGAGUCAAAAUACAGUGUCAACCAGAUUUCAGAGCACUUGCAAGAAGAUGGAGAUGAAGAGAAGGUGGUACCAGAGGUCAGCGAGGAGGAUUCAGAUGUGUCCUGUGAGAGGACAGAAGAUAAUUACUCGAGCACUUUCUCAGACACAAGUUGCUCCUGCACCUCACAGACCCCAGAUCACAGUCAAACACGCAGGAUCAGUGACUCCAGAUUCUCUGUAUCACAUGACAGCCGGAGCCUAACACGCAAGUCAAGGAGGCAUGCUUCAACUAGAAUGGUUUUAAAAGAGGCAGAAGUACAGACUCAGCCCAUUCCACUGUCUUUAACAUGGCCCACAGGUAUGGCUACUUUGAGUCCUGCAGUGGGCAUUACUAACAUGGAUCCCACCCCAAUGGCUGCUCAUACUCUCAGUGCAGAAAUAGUGGAAGCUCUCAGCACCUUCAACCCAGCUGUAUUUGCACUCAAUGAAAUGCUAAAACAGCAACUUGCCAUGACAAGGUGUUUCAUUGAAAGAGGCCGACAUCUUCACUCCAGCCUGGUGCAGAGCCUGGGACCGCCAAACUACAGAUACACCAUGCUGGAGGACACCAAAGAGUACAUUCGCACGUACAGACCUCCCAAACUGACAAUGGAGGAAGCUUUGGAAGAGGUGCUGCAGGAGAUGAGAGACUCCCAUAUCUGACCACUGCUACUGAAUAUCCUGGAUUACUGAACAGACAUUUGCCAUGUCAUUGUUACAAUAAGUUGUAUACACAAUUAAAAUAUAUUUUACUACAAUUCGAAGAAUUAGGGUAGUUGUUUAUAAAAAAAAUAAAACAAGAAAACCGUAAAUUCCUGCACAAACUUGCCACCUUUGCAGUGAUUCCUUUGGUUGAUGUUUCGGUCACAAGGACCUUUUUCAAAACUAAAACUUUGACCAAAUAAUGGGCUAUAUACAGAAUACCAAUUUUUAAGCUUCAAAGCUUUUUUUUUUUUUUAAACGAAUAUUCGAAUCCCAAAAUAGAAAAUCAAAUACCUACCUAUCGAACAAAUAUUCGGAUCCAGCCCUACCAAUUAAACCAAUGCAGAGGUGACAAGUAUGGAGCCCUAAAAGGAUCAGAUUGUCACAGAAAUACUGUGUAUUGAGGUCACAAAGUGUUAUUACCUGCCCACAAGAUACUACUUUGUUCUACGUUUUAAUAACCUGUUCCUACCUUUUAAUUAACUCGUUCUCAUGUUUUAAUUUAACAAGAUGAGUGUAUAGAAAAUGAACCAGCACAAUGGAACAGCUUUUCUCCAUAAAGCAUGGAGUACACAGCGCCUGCUCCAGCCGCUAUCUGUUUAAGGUACUACUUGGUGAUAUGUGCAUAGACUAUUAGAUGUUUUUAAGCUGGGAAUAAGUUACCAAAACAUGUUUGUUUUUUCAAUUCCUGGACGCCUAUGGGAUCAUGAUUGUUAUUUGAACCCAGAGACACUAAGCAAUUGAGCCAAGAUAGCUUAAUAAAAUUGUUGCUUGACACAACUUCAGACUACACCAAAUACAUAAAAAGGUCUGGCUUCAUGCAUAACUGACUAUGGGAAAAUAGGGAAAACAGUAAUAUUACCCCAAACUAUUAUAUACUCAGCAAAAAAAGAAACGUCCUCUCACUUUCAACUGCUUUUAUUUUCAGCCAACUUAACAUGCGUAAAACUUUGUAUAAACGUAACAAAAUUGAACUACUAAGAACUAAACUGAACAACGUUACACAGACAUGUGACUAACAGAAAUGGAAAAUUGGGUCCCUGAACAAAGGAUGGUCAAAAUCCAAAGUUGCUGAACGUUACAGGAAAGACAUCCUCCUCCCUCAUUACCCUUCCUGCAGGCUCAUCCUGACAUGACCCUCCAGCAUGAUAAUGCCACCAGCCAUACCGCUCGUUCUGAGCACGAUUUCCUGCAAGAUAGGAAUGUUAAGUGUUCUGCCAUGGCCAGCUGGGACCUGUUGGAUCCGAAGGGUAAGGGUGAGAACCAUGCCCCCCAGAAAUGUCCGGGAACUUGCAGGUGCCUUGGUGGAAGAGUGGGGUAAAGAACUGGCAAACCUGGUGCAGUCCAUGAGGAGGAGAUGCACUGCAGUACUUAAUGCAGCUGGUGGCCACACCACAUACUGACUGUGACUUUUGAUUUUG